AUGUGUGUCAGUCAGUUUCUCUUCACCCAGACAUCUUCAAGCUACAAUGUUGAUGACAGCAUGCCCCUGGCUGACCUCCUUGAUCCAGCCCUCAAGAAGAAGGUGCAAGAUGUCAACCAAGAGUCUGAAGAGCUGGAGAACCUGCUCGUGUGUGAACUUACUGCAGUCGAGUGCGACAUUCUGGCCUACCUGGGAGGUUUUAUUCUUAGGUUUGUCAAGAAGUCUAUUGGCAACUGUGAGGACUGCGAAGGUGUCCUUGUGUCGGAUGGUAAUGAUCCGCACAGCAGUUUGAUUCACCUGAAAGAGUAUGUCAAGGGUGCUGGGAACCUUGUCUACCCCUGCCAAGCUGUGAUGAGUGUCCUGAUAGAGUGCGAAGAGAGCAUCAAGGCUUUUACCCAACUAGACGCCAUCUUGACGCUCAAGGCUCCAUUUGCCACUAUUCUGGAGUUUCUGCGCAAAUCUGUAACAUUGGAGUUAGGGUGCUGUGACAUACACAAAGUUUGUGUGGAGAAGAUUCUUCUUGAAAAGUAUGUCAGAACUAGAAUCAGGAUUCACCUGCGACAGCAGUACGCAUAG